CUAGCUGAAUGCCGUGUGUCCCUCAAAACUGAGUGAGGAAAUUAAUAGAACACUCAUUCCCACAGCCAAGAAGGCUAUGGUGAAGAGCAACUGCAGAAACAGCAUCAGGUAGCAGACAAUUCUCUUAAUUGAGUUGUAUGACUCUUAAAGCAAUUCUCCAAUUUAUUUGGUAAUACAUUUCUGCACACUAGUUCUACUAAAAACUUGUUUUCCUGCGUUCGUUUUCUCUAAGUUGUCCCAAGUGAUACGACCCUGGCCUCCUGUACUGUUUUUAGCCCAUUAAAAAGUUAUAUCUAUAAAUAUGACUGACUCCUGAAUUUUCCUGUUGGGAGACACCCCUCAGAUUUAUUUUCUAGAGUUUCAUCAGACUGAACCUAUACUUUUCUAUGGCAAAUAUGCCUUUUUCAUUUUGAGUAUCCUUCAGGCACUAGGCUAAUUUAAAACCAUGGUCAGCAGCCUUUUAUGCAUAUAAGUAAUUUCAAUUGUUUCCCACAUGAAAAAAUAUUAAAAUUUUUGUAUUUGUAUAGAAUGUGGGGUUUUACCUCUUUAGUUGUUUGAGCUAAAAGAACUUUGAAAGGUUUGUGAGAGGAAAGAGGGGAAAAGAUCAGUCGUACCCUUGCAGGCAUGUAAAUAGAAUAGCCCCCCUCUGCUUUCUUGUUCUCUUAUCUACCCCACAGUCCCUGUCAUCCAUGGCAGCUACUGUUUUUGUAGCCCGGGGGAGUGGCUGUUCUGGAAGUCCCUCCCACCCCUUCCCACACCCUCCUCCUCCCUCCCGAGGUAUCCCCCAGUAUCCAGGAGGGCAUCUUCCUGGCUCCUUGAUAAGUCCCUGAGCACUCUGUUCCCUCCAUUCCCUGUGCCACUGUCCUCUCUUCCCUGGCACACCCUGGGGCCCGCGCAGCAGGAGCCCAGCUGGGGGAGGUUGCUCGGUUUGCAGCAGGAGAAACUGUGUUCCCCUUCAUCUCAGGUAAACCUACACUCAGAAGGAGCCUCUAUGAAGGGUGGGUUGGGAGUUCCCGCUGUGGCACAGAGGGAUCAGAGGCAUCUCUGCAGCACUGGGAUGGAUCCCUGGUUGGCACAGAGAGGCUGAUUUUAACACCGACGUUUCUGGGGUGAGUGAACAAAAACAGGAUUUUGUGAACUUUUCUGAUAUUUACUACUCUAAUGAAGAGUAUUUCAGGAAACUAGAAGAGCUGAAGGCUGCCCACAUGGAAACUAUGGCCAAGUUAGAGAAAAUGUACCAGAAUAAACUAAAUUUAAAGGAAGUUCAGCCAGUGGUCACCAGGGAAGAAGCUGCUAGUGUCUCUUCUAAGUCUGUAUCAGAAAAGAGCUAUUGUCCUGUCUCGUUAAUGACAUCGGUUUCAGAGCCUGAUUUAGGUGAGUCUUCCUCCUUGGUUGUAUAUUCCUCUGAAGAUGAGUCACCCAACUUAGAAAAGGAGUAUUCUGAGAAAAGCAGAAUGAUGACCUAUGCCAAGGAGCUCAUCAACAACAUGUGGACCAACUUCUCUGUUGAAGAUUAUAUUCAGUUUGAAGAUGCUGACUUGCCAGCACUUGAAAAAAUAAAAAAGAAACCAAAAGAAUGGGUUCCAAAGAUCACAAUACCUGAGCCUUUUCAAAUGAUGAUUAGAGAGCAGAAGAAAAAGGAAGAGAACAUGAAAUCUAAGUCAGAUGUUGAAAUGGUACAUAAACUGCUUAAAAAACAAGAAGAAGAAUUAGAGUGUAAGAAAAAAUUCCGAGCCAAUCCAGUUCCUGCAUUCGUUUUUCUUCCCCUUUAUCAUGAUGUAGUCAAGCAAAAUGAGGAACGGAGGAGGUCUAUGAGGGAGAAAUACAAAGAAGCUCUUUUGGCCUCACAAAGGCCGUUUAAGUUUAUGGCAAGAGAGGAACAGAAGCAAGCAAUUCGUGAAAAGCAGCUAAAAGACUUUUUUAAGUCUAAAAAGAAAACAAAUCGAUUCAAAGCCAGACCUGUCCCUCUAUCUACUUAUGGUUCAACUGUCAAAGACAAGUUAACAGAAGAUGAGUUUUAUAGAAACAUUAGGACACAGCGGAGAGCCCAAGAGUUAUUACAAAAUUCAUCCCCUCUGCCUUGCAGUCCAGCUCGCAGAAGUUUUGCUGCAAGGAAGCCCAGGUGUCCUGAACAGGCUGAAAGGUCAAAGUAUAAACACAAAGUUAGGUGCCAGACUGCUGACUCUGAAGACCUUCCUGAGGGAUAUCAGAAAUACCACUCGGAACAGAAAUGUCCCAAACUCCUAACAGUCUGUGAACCGUCUGACCUUCAUACAGCCUCACAUGCCUCCACUAAAAGAGAGAAAAUUCUGGCAGACAUUGAAGCAGAUGAAGAAAAUUUAAAAGAAACACGUUGGCCUUAUCUUUCUCCAAGGCACAAAUCACCAGUAAGAAGUAUGAAUGCAAAGCCUGCAUCUUGUAGCUACAACCCUCCAAUGCCCACAGUGUCCUCUAGGGGAAGAGAGCAAGCCACAAGGAGAUCACUUGAGGAAAAGAAAAUGUUGGAAGAAGAGAGAAAUCGGAUCCUAACUAAGCAGAAGCAAAGAAUGAAAGAAUUGCAGAAACUUCUGACAACCCGGGCUAAGGCUUAUGACUCACAUCAAAGUCUAGCUCAGAUGUCUAAAUCCAGAGUAAAAUCUCUCAGAAAGAGUGAAAAGGAAAGGAUGAGAGAAUAUCGGCAAGAACUAGAAGAAAGAGAAGAAAAAUUAAAAAACAGGCCGCUGCUAUUUGAAAGAGUUGCUCAGAAAAAUGCAAGAAUGGCAGCAGAAAAGCAUUAUUCUAACACCUUAAAAGCACUAGGAAUAUCUGAUGAGUUUGUUUUAAAGAAAGGCCAAAGUGGAAAAAUAUUUGAGUACUUCAGCAGUCAAGAGAUGAAAAGUUUCACUGAAGAUAAAGAAAGCUUUAAUGAAGAUGAAAAAAUAGAAGAAAAAGAGAAUGGGGAAGAAAAUUAUUUUACUGAUACCAACAGCCAAGGUUCUUGCAAGGAAAAAGACGAAGCUGAUGAAGAAAGUGGAGAAGAGAAAUCUGUUGGAGAAUAAAACAGAAUCCAUUGGCAGGGUCUCCUCUGUGCUGUGCUGCGCAGCGCAGCUGCAGUAUGGCAUUAAGGACAUAGACGGGAACCGUCUGAUUUGUGCAGAGCAUGGAGCAGUCACCUUGUAGCCCGAAAGGGAAGAUUCCAGCAGAUUGGUCAUUUGGUCAGUUAGAGUAAGGCUUGGCCUAUUCAGUUCUUUAAAUCACUCCACAUGAUCUGUUGGCAGCAUUGAUCUUGUAUUUUUAAAGAGCACUUGAGAAUCACAGUUAUCACAAACUGAUUCGGUAUAAAAAUAUACAUUACUUCAUUAUUUUCGGUGGAAAAAAAGGGCUUUGCAUCGAGAGCAGAGAGCAGUAAUGGGCUUUUUCUGGAGAGCAUGAACCAAUAAAUAUUUUCAAGUUA